GGCGCACAGGACUAGACGUGGCUGUCUGAAGUGGUGCAGAAAUGUUUUGCAAGUCAAUAAUAAGAAGUGGACUAGUUUUAUGUAAGCAAGAAAGACACACUGGGCUAAAAUGUGUAACGACAGGAGGUCUGAAUUUUGGCGAGAGGAGACGCGGUACCAGUUCCACUGUCACGAACGAAAACAAACUAAAAACCAUGGAUGAUUUAAGCGGUCCCAGCUUUUUAACCUCACUUUACUGGCUGUUUGGAAAGGGUUACUUCCAAAUAACUCACCAAAUGCAGAUUGAGCACAGCAAAAUCUAUGGUCCACUGUGGAAGUCCAAGUAUGGGCCACUGGUAAUUGUAAAUGUGGCCAGUGCGGACCUUAUAGAGCAAGUGCUGAGACAGGAGGGUCGGCAUCCUAUUCGUACAGACAUGCCCCACUGGAGAGAAUACCGGGAGAUCCGCAACCAGGCCCACGGCCCACUCACAGGGAUGGGAGCAGAAUGGCAACGGAUCAGAAGCAUCCUAAACCCUCGCAUGUUGAAACCCAAACAUGUGUCAAACUACGCUAACUCCAUAAACGAAGUAGUAAGCGACUUCAUCAAGAAGUUGGCUUGGCUUAGGACAACCAAAGGCGAUGGUGUAAUAGUCCAUGACCUAGCUGGAGAACUCUACAAAUUUGCAUUUGAAGGGAUAUGCACUGUGGUAUUUGAGACACGACUGGGCUGUCUGAAUGAGGAAAUCCCAGAAGAAACUCAGAAAUUCAUCUUUUCUGUGGGAGAAAUGUUCCGCCUCUCCCCCAUCAUUAUCCUCUUUCCAAAAUCUGUCUGGCCCUAUUUACCUUUUUGGAAGCACUUUGUGGCUGUAUGGGACCACCUUUUCAAAGUUGCUGAAGAUCUGGUUCAAAAAAAGAUAACAGAGAUUCAGGAGAGGGUAAAUCAGGGGCUGCCAGUAGAGGGAGAGUACCUCACUCACCUGCUCAUCAGCGAGAUGAUGUCCCCCACUGAGAUGCUGGGAAGUGUCACUGAACUGCUGCUGGCUGGAGUUGACACUACGUCAAACACAAUAUCCUGGGCUUUGUACCACUUGGCUCAGGAACCUGAUGUUCAGCAAAGGCUGUAUGAGGAGGUGAUCAGUGUUUGCCCAGGCGACAAGGGGCCUACCAGUGAGGACCUCAACAAGAUGCCCUGGCUAAAGGCUGUUGUUAGAGAAACACUUCGUCUAUACCCAGUGGUGCCCGGGAAUGCCCGCAUUACUGCUGAAAAGGAAGUAGUUGUGGGGGGCCACCUCUUCCCUAAAAAUACUUUGUUCCACUUGUGCCACUAUGCCGUUUCCUAUGAUGAGAAGAUAUUCCCAGAACCCCAUGCCUUCCUACCACAGCGCUGGAUGAGGACUGCAAAACAGUUAGGCCUGCACCCAUUCGGCUCUGUCCCAUUUGGUUUUGGAACCCGUGCCUGCCUUGGCCGCAGAGUUGCUGAGCUGGAGAUGUACCUUGUCCUGUCUCAGUUAAUUAAGCAAUAUGAAGUACAACCAGGUCCUUCAGGACAGACUGUGAAGCCAAUCACAAGAACACUGCUUGUACCAGCAACGUCAAUUGACCUUCAGUUUAUUGACAGGCCUGUAGAGCAGAAGGAGCUAAACAAAGCACAGGUUUCAGCUUAAUAUGUUAACAUGCUCAUGAAACUACUGCUAAUAAAUCCAAAUUUGCACUAAACUUUAAACUAUAAUUAUUUAUGUGCAAUGCAACUAACUUUUGCAGCUAUAAUUGCUGAAAUGUAUUAUUGUUUAAAACAAAAAAAAUGGUAGACAUUGAAUAAGAAUGUAAAACUGUAUAGAAAAUGAUAUAAAUUAUUUUAGAUGUUUGCAUUGCUUUAAUUAAAAUUGUGUUGCAAAUGUAAAUUGAAUUGAGAAUUUUGUAUUUUAGGUGACACAAUGGCGCCUUCAUGAGAGCUAAUCUAGUAACAGAAAACGUAUUUGUGAAAAAUAAACGCUUUGCAGUUAUUAAGA